GUGAAACAACAAACGUUAUUGAAGCUACCUUAGCAGAGGGUUAACAUCACAGGUACGUUUCGUUUCACUUAUCUGAUCGUCUUCUUCAACACGUACUGGCUCUGAUACAUUUGUCUGUGCACAACAGUUUACUGAACUGUGUCGACGAAGUGUAUACCCUUGUUUUAUAGACACAUACAGAUAUGGGGGACCUUCCUGUCAAUCCGCUGGUUCUGAUUGGUGUGGGCUCCAGCUUCGCCUUCUCUGGCCUUUUCUAUCAUCUGUACAAAGGGAAGAAAGAAGAGUUGAAGAAGCUAAAGGAAAUACCCAUAUUCAAGCCAGAUCAGCAUUUGGUGAAAGUACUGAAAGCGUCUCCUCACAGGCGGCUUCAGUAUGUUGCUGUAGAAGGUCUGGUGCAGGCGGAUGGGGAGUCUCUGGCAAGUCAGUUUGUCCCUCGUUGUUACGGUGUGAUUCAGAAGAUCGCAGUGGAGGAGCAGUGGAAAUUCUGGAACUCCCUCACCAAGACAUGGAAUUCGCGGACAAUAAACAGAAAAGAAACCAACAACUCUGUGCCGUUCAGUCUGGUCAGCCCUGGGGCCUUCAUCGAUGACUUGUAUGUGAAGGUUCAGAACCCUCUGGAGGCCUCCGGGUGCUACCUGGACAGGGUGUACUUCAAAAGGAGUCGGGCCGAGAAGGGCUUGGCAGACAUGGUGAUGAAUGGCAUCCUCGGGGAGGAGCCAGUGGCCAUGGAGGUCAGCGAGGAGCUGCUGCGGGUGGGGAGCACCCUGACUGGGUAUGGGGAGGUGGUGCUGGAGGGAGGGCAGGUGAUGAGGCUGCAGGCCCCGCAGGACGGCCGCAAGUUCAUCCUGGUGCCCACCGACCACCGGAGCUUCAUGGACGGGCACGAGAAGUCCGCCAGUAUGUGGAAGAUGCUGUCGGCUGUUACUGGCAUCACAGGGGCCGCUAUUCUAACCAAGGUCAUCUGUGGGUUAGUGGGGAACCAGGAUGGAAAAUCCAAGAAGGCCUGAAGACGAUACUGUAGCUUUAACGGCUGUGUGACCGCUUUACAGCUCUCCAAAAACUGCCUCAGGUGUUUUGUUUAGAUUCCACUGCAACUUCCUGAUGCUAAGAUAAUGUACAGUCACUUGUCAAAACUUCCUCAAGUGUUUUAUCUAGAUUCCUUAGAUCCAUCAUGAUGCUAAGAUUAUUAGUCAGUGUGUCAUCUUGUAAGUUUUGUUUUCCCAUUAAAGUAGCAGCUACAGGGGCCUGUGAGGGUCAAUACACAACAUUGGACAGAUUUUGGCCACUUUGAUGUCAACGAUUUCUUGGCUUGUAUAACCAUUGGUAUUUGGAGCAAAACAUUUCAGAGACAUGUUCUCUAUAUAUCUGAGACCUAUAAUAUGUUGAUAAACAGUAUAAUAGGGGACCUUUAAAGAAGGGAUAGGUGAUAGGACUAUUUUUAUGUAUAGCGUAAAAACUUUAUCAAAAAUAUUUUUCUAUAUCGUUUCAAUCCCAAUGUUGAAAUCAGCAGACUAACUUUAUUACGGCAAAAGUUUGGACGACGCUUAACAUUCUAAUCGUGGCUCGAGAUGCGCGGUUUGGCGAACAUGUAGAGGACACAACUUAGCUCUUACUUCUGCUUGGUUACACAAGUUUGAUGCACACCAAAACCCUUAUCUAAAAUGUUGACUCAGGAAUAUUCUGAGUGCAGGCUAUUUGUUGUCAAUAACUGUAAUGUGAGUUUUUCCUUUCUACAUCUUACAACACACAGAGAUACAUUUCCAAUGUUUUAUCAGUGUCAUCUUGUAAGUUUUGUUUUCCCAUUAAAGUAGCAGCUACAGGGGCCUGUGAGGAUCAAUACACAACAUUGGACAAAACAGAAAGCACAGGAAUUUAUAAAACAUUUACAAAUUGAGAAAUAAAAAUAAAGCUGAACAGAAUCUUAGAUGUUGAUACAUUUCCCACAUUGUGAUUAUAAUGUGCUCAAUGUAUUUGUUAAUGUGUUUUGAUCCAAUGUUGUUCUGCUGUGACGGGCACUACUUUUCUUGAAACCAUCAUGAACAUAUCUGAUUUCUCCUGCAGUCACUAGGACAUUUUUGAAUAUCUGAAAACUGAUGACACACCUUAAAUGUGGCAUAUUUGAGUAUUGUUAAACUAUUGAAUCAAGGGAACAUUUUUGUAAUUCAAUUGUAUUUUUAUAAUGUAAGAUAAAAAUCUUUUUUUUGUGGAGUUGUGUGGGGUAAUCAAUCUUUUACUUUCACUUUUGAUUUGCAAGAGUCUAACUGAGCCUGAUUAAAAUUGAAUGUAAACAAUG